GUCUCUUUCUCUUUCUUUUUCUGUAACUAUAAGCUCUUUUAAUGGCGUCUCAGAUCUAAGACCACCGGAGACCUUACCCAAAGCAGAACAAGUGUUUCCUGCUGUACUUGCUUUGAAAUAUUUCUCCAUUUUGCUUUACUAGUCGGGAUUGAUGCAGAGAAUAAUGACUUGUUCGUUUCCGGAGGAGAUGCUGGAGCACGUCUUCUCGUUCAUACAAUCGGAUAAGGAUCGGAACGCGAUAUCGCUGGUGUGUAAGUCGUGGUAUGAGAUCGAGCGGUGGUGUAGGAGGAGGAUUUUCGUUGGGAACUGUUAUGCGGUGAGUCCGAGAAUGGUGACCAGGAGGUUCCCGGAUGUGAGAUCCGUGGAGCUGAAAGGGAAGCCGCACUUCGCGGACUUCAAUCUGGUGCCCGACGGCUGGGGCGGGUACGUUUCCCCGUGGAUCGUUGAGAUGGCGAAGGCGUACCCUUGGCUUGAAGAGAUUCGGUUGAAGCGGAUGGUAGUUACUGAUGAUAGCUUGGAGCUCAUCGCCAAGUCGUUCAAGAAUUUCAAGGUCUUGGUGCUCUCGUCUUGUGAGGGGUUCUCCACUAAUGGUCUGGCUGUUAUUGCAGCCAAUUGCAGGUACCUUAAACAGCUGGACUUGUGGGAAAGUGAAGUGGAAGAUUUGAGUGGCCACUGGCUUAGCCAUUUUCCAGAGACGUGCACUUCCUUGGUGUCCCUCAACAUUUCAUGCUUAGUGUCUGAGGUAAGCUAUUUGGCCUUGGAGCGCCUAGUAAGUAGAUGUCCCAACCUGAGGUCUCUUCGACUCAAUCAGGCUGUGCCCUUGGAUAGAAUUGCCAACCUACUUCGCCGUGCCCCACAAUUGGUAGAAUUUGGAACAGGUGCCUACUCUUCUGAGUUCCGCCAAGAUGUCUUCUCAAACCUGGCUGGAGCAUUUGCGGGCUGCAAGGAUCUGAAGAGCUUGUCUGGGUUUUGGGAUGCUGUACCAGCUUACCUUCCAGCAGUUUACUCUGUUUGCUCUGGGUUAACAUUCUUGAACCUGAGCUAUGCCACUGUCCCAAGCCCUGAUCUUACCGACCUUGUACGCCGAUGCCCAGGUUUGCAGCGUUUAUGGGUACUGGACUACAUUGAAGACAGUGGCCUUGAAGCCCUUGCUUCGUGUUGCAAGGACCUCCAAGAAUUACGAGUGUUUCCAUCAGAACCAUAUGAAGCAGAACCAAAUGUAUCCUUAACAGAACGGGGCCUUGUAUCUGUUUCUGAGGGUUGUCCGAAGCUGCAGUCAGUUCUGUACUUCUGCCGUCAAAUGACAAAUGCUGCCUUAGUCACAAUUGCCAAGAACAGUCCAAACUUAACUCGUUUUCGCCUUUGUAUAAUUGUUCCAUACACCCCAGAUUACUUGACCAGUGAGCCCCUUGAUGAUGGUUUCCGAGCUAUUGUGGAGCACUGCAAGGAUCUCCGGCGCCUUUCACUCGCUGGUCUCCUCACUGAUCGUAUGUUUGAAUAUAUUGGAACAUAUGCGAAAAAGUUAGAGAUGUUGUCUAUUGCUUUUGCUGGAAAUGGUGAUUUGGGGCUCCAUCAUGUGCUGUCUGGGUGUGAAAGCCUCCGGAAACUGGAGAUUAGGGACUGCCCCUUUGGGGACAAGGCUCUUUUGGCCAAUGCUGCAAAGCUGGAGACAAUGCGAUCCCUUUGGAUAUCUUCUUGCCCUGUGAGCUAUAGAGCAUGCAAGUUGCUUGGUCAGAAGAUGCCGAAGCUGAAUGUUGAAGUUAUUGAUGAGAGGGAAUCUCCAGAGUCAAGGCCUGAAUACUGUCCAGUUGACAAACUUUAUAUCUAUAGGACCAUUGCUGGACCGCGGUUUGAUAUGCCUCCUUUUGUUUGGACCAUGGAUGAGGAUUCUGCAACAUAUAAAGUGCCUCAAGCCCUUUGAAUGCCUCCGGGAAUGGAUAUAGCAGGGGACGUAAUAUGGGAAGGUAUACAGAUGCUCGAGAGCUCGAUUGCCAUUCAUUUUACCUUGGCUGAGCUAUUGGAUACCGAAUAUUGAUUAAUAAAUUGAGGAGAACUCCAGUCUCUAUUGUUGUUGUGUAUUAUCAGUCUAUUAAUUACCUUGUAUACAAUUUCCAACUUAUGGAUGUUUAUGUAUUCGUAUCACCUGUUUUCUAAGUAGUGAUCAUCCCGAUUGACUAUGUAUGUCAUUUAUAAUCUUAUUAUUGGGGAGAAAUAAAAUUUCAGAGUUACG